UCAGGCGCGCAAGCGUGAAAUCGAGAGUUGUGGGACUUGCGGAGCAUAUCCUGUAUUUAUCUUAAUUUGUAAUAUAUUGUUUUGUUUAAAUGUGUGAUACUCCGGCCGAAACAUGUCUGCCCGACAAGCUGCAGAACAGGCUGAAGCAGCUACAGGAACUAACGGAGUUUGCGGGGAGUUGCGAGAACAAACUGAAUGUCUGGUUUGAUACUUUGGGAUGGAGCCGACACAUGCAAGACACCGACGAUGUAUUGGAACCUUUUGUUAUUUGCCCCUAUAAUAAUAAUCACCGCAUUCCAAAGAACUCCUUGGAAAAGCACGCCACUUCUUGCAAGCUGAGAAUGAUGGGUUAUUCACAGGAAGAAGAGGCUGAAAUGUACGAUCCAUCCUUUUUUUAUUCAAAGGCAAAUGUUCCUUCUGUGACUAUAGACAAAACUUUACAGAAUCAGAUAAUACUCCAAGCAAAAAGUAAUGCACCUUAUGAAAAAGGAGAAAUAUACAGCCAAAGUGAGUAUUCUGCAUCUCAAUCUGAAGUUCCGCAGAAUCACAAGCGUGCAAUUUGUGACUUGACAGUUGCUGAUCGACUCGCAGUUUAUGACCAUGUUGUGAAAGAGGCAAAGCCUGAAAUGCCUAGAGCAGAGGUUGACCCAAAUGAUGACUUAUAUGUGGAUUUAGCUGCAAAAUUGAAAAAAGAUGAACAUCUAAAUGAACCAAAAACACGUCUUGAAGUUCUUGCAGAAAUGAGAGACUAUAAGAGGAGGAGGCAAUCCUACAGAGCAAAGAAUGUUCACAUAACAAAGAAGUCAUAUACAGAGGUAAUUCGUGAAGUGAUCGAUGUACACUCUGAAGAAUUAUCUCUGCUCUGGCAAGAAGAUGGCGAUGACACCAAGCAGAAAUCGGAAGAACAUGGAGAUGUGUCUUCUGGCGCUACUGGAAGAUCACCAUCUGUCGAUUCCCAUCAUUCUUAUGGAAGUUCAAAAGGAUCUGGACACUCUUCACACCGUUGGAAAAGAAGAAGCAAGGAACGUGAAAGAGACUCGAGAAGGAAAAGGGACUCACGAUCACCUGAAGGAAGGCACAGAGACCGUAAAAGGCGAAAGUAGAGUUUUUAUUUUUUUUGUGCCAGAUUGUGUUCGUACAUGCUGUCCUCAGGGCAACAUACACAGUUAAUAAUUUGUUUUCAUAGUUUAUGAAGUGUUUGUUUUCUUACAGUGCAUUCAUUCCAUCAAGAUAAUUAAACUUGUCUUUAUCCAAAA